CCUCAGCCCUGCUGAGCUAAUGAUGCUGACCAUAGGAGAUGUUAUCAAACAACUAAUUGAAGCCCACGAACAGGGGAAAGACAUCGAUCUAAAUAAGGUGAAAACCAAGACAGCUGCCAAAUAUGGCCUUUCAGCACAGCCUCGCCUGGUGGAUAUCAUUGCCGCAGUCCCACCUCAGUAUCGAAAGGUUUUGGUCCCCAAGUUAAAGGCAAAACCCAUCAGAACUGCGAGUGGGAUUGCUGUUGUAGCUGUGAUGUGCAAACCCCACAGAUGUCCACACAUUAGUUUUACAGGAAAUAUUUGUGUAUACUGCCCUGGUGGACCUGAUUCAGAUUUUGAGUAUUCAACCCAGUCUUAUACUGGAUAUGAGCCAACCUCCAUGCGAGCUAUUCGUGCAAGAUACGAUCCUUAUCUACAGACAAGACACCGCAUAGAGCAGUUGAAACAGCUUGGUCACAGUGUGGAUAAAGUGGAGUUUAUUGUGAUGGGUGGAACAUUUAUGGCCCUUCCUGAAGAAUACAGAGAUUAUUUUAUACGCAACUUACAUGAUGCCUUGUCAGGACAUACCUCUAACAAUAUUUACGAGGCAGUCAAGUAUUCUGAGAGGAGCCUCACAAAGUGUAUUGGAAUUACUAUUGAGACGAGACCUGAUUAUUGCAUGAAGCGGCAUUUAAGUGACAUGCUGACCUAUGGCUGUACCAGGCUGGAGAUUGGGGUGCAGAGUGUCUACGAAGAUGUGGCCAGAGAUACCAACAGGGGCCACACUGUGAAGGCAGUCUGUGAGUCAUUCCACCUGGCCAAAGAUUCAGGUUUCAAAGUUGUGGCUCAUAUGAUGCCUGAUCUGCCAAACGUGGGACUCGAGAGAGACAUCGAUCAGUUUAUAGAGUUUUUUGAGAACCCUGCUUUUCGUCCCGAUGGUUUAAAACUUUACCCGACCCUGGUGAUUCGUGGAACUGGGCUUUAUGAGCUGUGGAAAUCAGGACGCUAUAAGAGUUAUUCGCCUAGUGACCUGAUCGAAUUGGUGGCUCGGAUCCUUGCCCUUGUGCCUCCAUGGACUCGAGUGUACCGCGUGCAGAGGGAUAUUCCAAUGCCCUUAGUCAGCUCAGGAGUCGAGCACGGUAAUUUGAGAGAGCUGGCAUUCGCAAGAAUGAAGGACCUGGGAAUACAGUGUCGAGAUGUGAGAACCAGAGAGGUUGGAAUUCAAGAAAUUCAUCACAAAGUACGGCCAUAUCAGGUUGAGUUGGUAAGGAGAGAUUAUGUUGCAAAUGGUGGCUGGGAAACAUUCUUAUCAUACGAAGACCCAGAUCAAGACAUUUUGAUUGGCCUCCUGCGAUUACGAAAGUGUUCAGAGGAAACCUUCCGUUUUGAAUUGGUUGGAGGUGUUUCCAUAGUCCGAGAGCUGCAUGUGUAUGGGAGUGUAGUCCCUGUGAGCAGUCGGGAUCCUACUAAGUUUCAGCAUCAGGGAUUUGGCAUGCUGCUGAUGGAGGAAGCAGAAAGAAUAGCUAGAGAAGAACAUGGGUCUGGGAAAAUAGCUGUUAUAUCAGGGGUUGGCACCAGGAAUUAUUACAGAAAGAUUGGCUACCGGUUACAAGGCCCAUACAUGGUGAAGACGCUAAAAUAUUAGCUUCAAUAGUCCACCUGAUGCAGUGUUUCUGGCAGGAAGUGGAGAUUCCAGGUAUCCUGAAUAUUCAACGGAGAGGCUGAGCAAAGCAAAUGGACCUACCCUGUCCCCUUGGCGAGAAGCUUCACCCUCAUCCUGCAGCUGCGGAGACUGGAAACUGCUCUCAGGGCACGACCGGGCGUCUGGUGACCAAGCAUGGAGCCUCUGGCGCUCGGCGCUCCUGUGCCCCGACCUGUGUGUUGUCAAGAAGUCACUCCAGUUUUCAAGGCUAAGUCAUGCACCCAGUUUCUAAAUUCUGCAUGUGGCCAGCAAGUGACUUACUCGGACUGACAAAAGCAAAUUAGUCAACUCAUUUGGGUUCCAUACUUCAUGAAAUAAAACUAGAUGGUGGGUAGGAGCAAAGUUAGGAGAAACUUAUUUAUAUGGUAUAGGGACAAAAAGGCAGGUUGAACACAUGAAAACUGACCGAUUUUGAACUCUGGACUUAAACACAGAAGCAUUCCAGCACACAAAAAUGAGCUUUCCUUUUAUUGCAAGUCAUUCUGGUUUCUGUGAUGUUUGCAGUAACUGUGUGAUGGAGAGAGGAGUUGACAUAUGUUUAUGUUUCAAGCUUGAAA